CUAUGUGGAGUCCAUGGUUUUUGUGAAGAUACUGCACAGUGAUAAGUACCCCGGCCAGUGUUACCCCAUCCAUGUUCGAGUGGGUAAAAAGAAGCAAUACGAUGUUUUUGCCCUACAACCUGGCGAGGAAGUCGGUGAUCCAAACACUUGCGGCGUGCAGGUUUGCAUGAAUGCCGAAGGACUUACUCAUGUGUACUACUGUCCUCGCACUUUGCCGAGCAGUGGCUGCCAGGACGAUAAGGCCAUGGACUUGUUGCUAAAAUUUCCGGAAUGCUGUUGGACUUGUGCCACCAGUAGGGACUGCGAUGAAGAACAGUCCUUUCCUUCCUAUCCUUAUCCUCCCGACAUACAUAAUGAUCAACCAGAAUAAUCAAUC